AUGCAGGCGGUGCUACAGCUGCGGGGGAGCAAUACCGCCACGGUGAAGGAGGGGAUGAGAGCGAACGGGAUUGCCGAGGACAUCGUGGAUUUGCAGAAGCUCAUCGUGAAUCACUUCAAGUACUUGGAGAGGCAUCUUGCAGCACCCUCGGAGGACGCUCAGAAGUUGAUGGUUGAAGUGACCGGCACCAACGCGAUCAAGACAGUUGUGAGAUCUAUCCUGACCGCAGAAGCUUCGUUGAACAAUGGCGGCUGGAGGGAUCCAUGUCGCUUGGCCUUGAGCCCCAGCCGGGUGCUCGAUGAACCCCGAGAGGAUGUGGGCGAGCGGCGGGGUCUGCAACUCUGUGUCCGCUGCACGACAGGCCUUCCGCCUCCCGUGCAGGGGGAGAUCCGAGUAGCGCGUGGCACCAACGUGGGGCUGCUGGCCGGCGCCAUCGCCAAACGCCUCAGAUCUCACGGCGCGGCGCUGGUGCGAGGUGCUGGGGCUGUGGCGCUGAAGCACCAGCUCCGAGCCGUGGCCAUUGCGUCCGGGUACCUGGCGGAGCGCGGGGAGUUGGAAAACUGCGACCUGGUGGUGCUGCCGCGCUUCGAGGAAGUGGAGGUGACAGACGCCAGCAAGAAGCUGACGGAGAAUCUGCUCACGGUGUACAAAUUGCCGCACAGGGACUCUCAGCCGUAG